AUGCGCGCGCCCGCCAGGCUCCGGCGCGCGCUCGGUCGUCCUCCGUCCCCGGGCCUCCCAGCGACCCUCGGGCCGGCCUUCCCCACCUGCGGAGCAGGGAUUUUUCCAGCUCCCUCCGGCCUCAUUCCGCGUCAUCUCGGGAGUGCUAGUUCGCGCUUCCGAAAGCCUCCCGCGGAGCCCCUCAGGGCGGCCGCAAUUAAUGGAUGCCUGGAAGUUGACCUACAUCCAUAUUCAGAAAUGUUUUGCCACCUGAGACCUUUGAGGAGGCUGUGUCUAGAGAAGAUGUUCCCACACUCCUUUCUGUACUCAAGAGCUCUGUCAGGAGCUGAAGCCGUCAACGCCUUGAGGCCGUUCUACUUUGCAGUGCAUCCAGAUUUCUUUGGCCAGCACCCCAGAGAAAGGGAAGUCAAUGAAAAUUCUCUGAAGAGAUUAAGUGCCUACUUAGAAAACCUCCAGAAACCAGGCUUCAAGUCUUUGAAACCCACUCAGCUUACAUUUUAUAUAAGAGAAACAGACCAGAAUCCCUCUGAUGGCCAGGAAAACCUUAGUACUUCCGGAUUUCGAGCAGUCAAAUUUACUUUGCACACCAGAGAUCUGCUAAGCACAGUAUUAUAUAUUCUCAACUCCUGCAGUUUAUCUGUUGAACAUAUCCAAAGCUUGAACACUAAUGUACGUUCCCAGCCUCUCAAAGAAGUUAAAAGGACGUCAGACAGGCCCAUCAAGUGGGACAAGUCUUACUACUCCUUCACUGGAUUUAAGGAUCCUGAUGAAGACCUUGAGCAAGUCUCGAGAAUGGAAACAACCUUAACAUCCUGGUUAGAUAACAAUGGAAAAUGUGCUGUUAAAAAGCUGAAGAACAGUUUGCCACUUAGGAAAGAACUAGAUCGUUUAAAAGAUGAACUCUCUCAUCAAUUGCAACUCUCAGAUAUCAGGUGGCAGAGGAGCUGGGGCAUCGCCCACCGCUGUAGCCAGCUGCACAGUUUAGGCCGCUUAGCACAGCAGAAUUCGGAAACACUCAGAAAAGCAAAAGGGUGCACCAUCAUAUUCACUGACCGCUCCGGCAUGAGCGCAGUGGGCCACGUGAUGCUAGGAACCAUGGAUGUCCACCACCACUGGACAAAGCUUUUUGAAAGGCUGCCAAGCUACUUUGACCUACAAAGGCGGCUGAUGCUUUUAGAAGACCAAAUAAGCUACCUUUUAGGUGGCAUUCAGGUCGUCUGCAUUGAAGAACUGCAGCCAGUACUGACCCUGGAGGAGUACUACUCGCUUCUUGACGUGUUCUAUAGCCGAUUAGUGAAAACCAGAGUACUGUUCCACCCUCGGAGUCUGCGCGGCUUACAGAUGAUCCUUAACAGUGACAGAUAUGCCCCAAGCCUGCAUGAACUCGGGCACUUUAACAUCCCAGUGCUCUGCGAUCCAGCAAAUCUCCAGUGGUUCAUUCUCACCAAAGCACAGCAGGCAAGAGAGAACAUGAAAAGAAAGGAAGAGCUGAAGAGCAUUGAGCAGGAGUUGAUAGAGGCUUCGGCAAAGAGGUUCUCCCUGGAGAAGCUGUACAAGGAGCCCAGCAUCUCGAGCGCGCAGAUGGUGGACUGCUGCACAAGACUCCUGGAGCAGUCGCUGCCUUCCCUGCGCGGCAUGCACCUGUGCGUCUCCCACUUCUACUCCGUCCUGCAGGACGGAGACCUGUGUAUUCCCUGGAACUGGAAGAAUGGAGAAGCCAUUAAGUAACACAGAGACCUGUUUUAUUUUUUUAAAGCCAUAAGAAAGAAGCUGUUAAAUGAAGCUUAUUUAAAUCCACAGUUUAAUACAACAGUAUUAUUUACAUAUUACAAAAACAAAAAUUUCUAGAUGCUGCUUUAAAGGUAGACCUUUUUUUUAAUUAAUUUCUGCUAGAAAAUCUGUUUUGAAAAGGUUUUAUCUCCCAGUUUUACCAUGUGGGCUGACAAACCUAGGUAAAAAGAGGUUAGGAGAAAGAACAUAUUUUUAGAGAUAUACAAAUGAAUGAUUCUACAAGAGUUGUCUAUUUUUAUAAAUGUAAAUGAGGCUGGACAAGUGUGUGUGCGUGCGUGUAUGUGUGAGAGAGAGAGGAUAUAAGAAAAGUCUGAAGGGAUCUCCUACAUGUAACAUGACUCAACAUGCAUCGUUAUGGUUAUGUCUCUCAUGUACAAAUGCACACACAUUAUUUUGCAGCCAGCAAGGGACAGCUGAUGUCCAAAACCAAUGAUGGAUAAGUAGAAAAAAUUAGAUAAUCGAUUUUUGCCUCAGAGAAAAAGGAACAAGAUCAGCUGAAUCCAUGGGGCGGACAGUGUCAUGAGCAGUGUGACAUAUUCAGUGACAGAGAAUUUAGUUGUAAACCCAUCAUUUCUCCUCCCGAUUAAAAAACUAGCCGUUGCCAGCACCAAACCAGCAGACAGGACACUUGUCUGAAACCCUGAAGGAGGGGAUUCGUUGGUGCCCAUGGGCACACACCGUCAGGAGAAUUCUGGCCUGCAUCCCAGAGAGCUGCGAGGAGUCGCGUGGAAUGUAAAAUGGCUCACACCGCUCAGGACUUCUGUGCCCCCAGCCCCCACCUUCCUGUCCCUACCGACAUUUGAAUCCCCUGGUUAGCCCUGCAGGGUACAGCGUCCCCAGCAGAGCCAGAGAUCAGAUGUACGGGGUGCAGCUCCCUCUGCAGUUACCCCGCCAUUCCUUCAGGUCAUAUUUUAAACCAGAUCCAGGUCCUUUCUCAAGGAGACAAGGUGAAUCCCAGUGCAGGACACUGUUUUUGUGGCUUUUGCUGCUGAAGAAAUCGGAAUUUUUUUCCACAGUACACUGUUAGAGUCAGUUAACUGAGGUAUGUUUUAAUCUCAGCCAUGGAUUAUUUAAGUAGUUGGAAUUCAAAUGUGUGUUCAUCAGAAGUGUUGAUUUAUUAUAAUUGUGCCUCUUGGCUGUACAACUUGAACAUCUCCAGUCUGAAAUGCCCUCAAAUCCAAAAUGGUUUGAGCAUCGACAUGAUACCACAGUAGGAAAUUCUACAGCUUGAACUUUGUUCCAUGUACAAAAUUAUUAAAUGUUGUAUAAAAUUGUCUUCAGUCUGUGUGUAUAAGGUAUAUAUGAAACAUAAAUGAAUUUCAUGUUUAGAACUGGGUCCCACUCCCAAGAUAACUCAGAACAUCUGAAAUCCAGAACUCUUCUGGUUCCAAGCAUUUUGGACAGGGGAUAUUCAGCCUGUACUGAAAAUCUGUUUUCUAAUGUAACAAAUGCUGUCACCUGUAACAAUUUCCCACAACCAAAUAAUGAGUGAAAAAUUAAAACUUCACAUAAGAAAAAUAAUCAAAA